CAUAACGGUUGUAAUGUCUCCUUUUUACAAGCGUGUGCUUACAGCCACAACGUAAACAAAUAUAUCUGCUGCUUUGACACCAUGUCAGGAAAAUCGGAAUUAAAAAUCAACUCAAAUUUCGCUCAGAAAUAUGAGAAAUACCGACAGAAGGAAGAACUGCAGAGACUGAAGGAUAAAUACGGAGACAGAGGGGAUGAGAGUGACUCUGAGUCUGAAUCCAGCUCUGAUGAUAGUGAAGUGGAGCUGGACCCUGAAAUUGAACGGGAUUUCUACAGAACAUUGUCCCUGCUGAAGAAGAAAGACCCCAAAAUCUAUCAGACUGAUGCUCAGUUCUACUCUGAAGCGUCCACCAGUGAGGAGAAACCUUCAACCUCAAAGAAAACGAAGCCCAUGUAUCUGAAGGACUAUGAACGAAAAGUGAUACUGGAAAGAGAAGGAAAAUAUGAGGAUGAUGACGACAGUGAUGAUGAAGAGGCCGCCAUGAGACUAGAGAGAGCCGCCUCUCCGAGUUACAUCCAGGAGCAGAAGGAGCUGAAGGAGAGCUUCCGUAAGUUCAUCCAGGACAGUGAUGAAGACGACGAAGGCAGCGAUGGAGAGAAAGACUCUCGGCUGCUCACCAGGAGGAUAAAAACUCAGGAGGAGAAGGAUAAAGAAGAAGCGGACUACAUGGAGUGGCUGAAAGGUCAGGCAGAUCUCGAGGGUCCAGAGGAGGUGAAGGACAUGAAAUAUUUAAGAGAUUACUGGAACGACCCUGAGCUGGACGAGAAAGAGCGUUUCCUGAGAGACUACGUCCUCAACAAAGGAUACCUGGAUGAGGACGACGAUGGUGAUGAACGGAUCCCUACUUAUGAUGAGGUGGUCCAGGAUGACGUGGAGGACUCUGAAGAGGAAGGGGAGACAUUCUUGGAGCGCCAAGCGGACUUUGAGAGAAGCUACAACUUCCGCUUUGAAGAACCUGACGCCCAGGAGAUCAAAACGUAUCCGCGUAACAUCGCCACGUCUGUGCGCUCCAAAGACGACCGCCGCAAACGGAAGAGAGAGGAGGUGAAAGAGAGGAAGCAAAAGGAGAAAGAGCAGAAGCGAGAGCAGCUGAAGCAGCUGAAGAACCUGAAGAGGAACGAGAUCAUGGAGAAGCUGAAGAGGCUCCAGGAGCUGACGGGGAACGAGCAGCUCGCCUUCAGUCAGGAUGACCUGGAGGGAGAUUUCGACCCACAGCAGCACGAGAUGCUCAUGCAGAAGUUCUUUGGGGAUGAAUAUUACGGAGAGGAAGAAGAGGAGAAACCUCAGUUUGAUGAUGAUGAUGAACUGGAGGAGCAUUGGAACUGGGACACAUGGACCGGAGAGAAAGAGGAGGAAGAGUACGAUGGAGAGGAGUACGACGCCUCAGAGCCACACUGUGACGAUGAAAACUUCAAUAUGGAUGCCGACUUCGACCCCAGCCAGCACACAGCCUCUAAAAAGAAGAAGAAAAAGGAGAGGAAGAAGAUGAAGAAGGAGGAUCUGCCUCAGAUGGGCAAAAGGAAGAAAAAGUCUCAUUUUGCAGAAAUCAUCACCAAAGAGAAACCUGUGUUUGAUCCACAGGAGAAAACCUUCGAGCAGUACCUGGAUGAGUACUAUAAACUGGACUAUGAGGACAUCAUAGACGACCUCCCCUGCAGGUUUCGUUACAGACAGGUGCUACCCAACGACUUCGGCCUGACCACGGACGAGAUUCUCAAAGCGAAUGAUAAGGAGCUGAACUCCUGGUGCUCUCUGAAGAAGACCUGCAUGUUCAGGUCUGAAAAGGAGGAGAUGAGCGAUUUGAAGAAUUAUAAAAUCAAAGCUCAGAAUGAAAGGAAGAAGAAAGAGAUCCUGAGCUCCAUCUAUUCAGAGGAGGAUCAGGAGGCCACAGAUGGGAAAACCAAAGUGGGAAAGAAGCGCAGAGACCGUCUGAAGAAUACUGAGAAAGAAAGCCGAGCUGAAGAAGACGGAGACCCCGCAUCUGCCGUGGACUCUACGAGAGAAAGUCUGGCUCAGGCUCUCCGACAGGACGAGGGCGAAGAAGAGGAGGAGAUCAUGGUACCUGUGAAGAAGAAGCAGAAAGUAGAAGAAGAGCAACCCCAGGUGGUGGUUAACGAUGAAGAUUCAGCAGAUAAAACUAAAGAGAUGAAAGUCAGGACUGAGAGGCCGAAGUGGUCCAAGAAGAAGCACAAGCACGCCAUGGUUAAAGGAGCCGGGGGGUUGAGAAUAGGCGGGCGGGAGUUCAGCCGACAGAGGCUGAAGGCGUACGGUCUGAACCCAAAGAGACUUUUCUUCAGACAGCUGGGACGACAGAAACGGAAAGCUCAGGAGAAGAGAGAGAAGCAGAAAAACAAACAGUGAAAACAGCUUUUAUGGUCCAGGAAUUAGAUAAAGAAAUAAUAAAAUUCACUUUUUUCACCACUGAGAAGAAUUUAAAGAAAACAUUUUACUGAUAGCAAAAAUGUGAUUUUUUUCCUCACAUUGUUUGUAAAGUUUAUACCAACAUAGUGGAAAUAAAGCAGUGUGCUGAACAGAUUUCUGUUCUGUAAUUGUGCUGUAAUUUUAUUAAACCAAUUAUUUCUGACAAAGUCUGUCAUAGAAA